CCCUCUCUCUCUUCUCUCUCACGACAAAAUCUUCUCGUUUUUUGCUUUCCAAAGGGAUCCCAAUGCUUCACUUUACCCGCACCAACUGCCAUUCCCGUUUCUUCAGCUCAAAGCUUCUUAUCCAGUGACACCCACACACCUAUGUCCCCCCCAUAUUACUCAUUGCCCUUAAAAGCUCAUGGAUGUCACUAAAAGGAGAAUUCCCUCUGGAGCUCCUCCUGCUGCUACUAGUACUGUUGUUCCUGCAGGCUCUGUGUGGGAAUCAAGGAUGAAGAGCGAUGAAGUCAGAGGUGGGAUUAAGGUCUUCAAUGGAGAUGCUAAUUCUGAUGAAGUAGCUCCCAAUGCUGCUACUGGUACUGCCACCAGACUCAUGAGAAGCACCGUGGCUGUGAAUGCCAAGAGGAGGACGUUGAAAUCGGACAAUAAUUCUGAUGCAACCGAUAAGGCUCAAGUUCAGGUUACAAGAGGGAAAUCAGAGUCGGGGCAGAAGAAUUGUGAUGAGCAAUGUAAGGAGCUUAGUGUUUCUUCAGAGGAGAUCAAGAAGAGCCCAAUUGCGGCGAGGAAGUCCAGGAAUGAAGGGGCGCCGAUUAAGUCGAGAAAGCUGAGAUCUGAUGUGCCCAAAGAUGCGGGUGAAUCCAGUGAGGGGGCUGAGAGGAGCUUGAGGAAGUCGAAAUCGGAUUCGGUUAGGACGGCGAAUCAGAAUAAUGUGAAGAUCGUUGGGGAGAAUAAUUCAGUCCAAUUGAGGAAGACGAAAUCCGCGUCGGAUCCUGUUUCGCAUGAAUCAAGCAAUGGGAUCAAUGGCGGAAUCGAGAAUGUCACAGCUCAGAAUGAGAAGGACGACGAUACUGACGAAAAUUGUGAGGAUAUCGGGGUGUGUGAAGAGAAGUUCAUUUCAAGCAGUACGGAAAAUGUGAGCGUCCCGAAAUGUUCUCCGGAAUUGUCGGUGCUCGUCGACGGCGAUGCAGAUGGUUUAGUGGAUGAAAAAGCGGAAGAAGUUGAAGAUGAAGAGGAGAACGCUGCGGAUGAGACUACUGAAACCGAGAUGGAGGAGAGUUUCGAUGUAAAGGAAAUCAGUAUUCCUACAGAACCCAAAAUUGUGAAGGAAUCAGAGAACAACGAGGUUGUAAAUGAGCAGGAAAAGAAAAUGGUCGUGAAAAAACCAGCGAAUAACAAUAACAAGAUUGCGAAUGAACUGGACAAGAAAGUGGUUGCGAAGGAACCAGAAAAGAAGGCUGUGAUCGAUGACCCUGUUAACAAGAAGGCUUUGAAUGCGAAUCAACCACAACCUAAGAGAAUUCAGAGUACCCACAGGAGAUUUCAGCAAAAUAAUGAAAGACCAAUGUCAAUCCCUGCAGUUACUAUGAAACAAUCUCCAGUUAGAAGGCAUUCCACAAUUUACCAAAAUUUCCCAAAAGAAAAUUCACAUUCAACAGAAUAUCAUAGCUUCCCUCAAACUCAGAGCAAAUUGCAGAGUCUAGUUGACUUAAUCAUGUGGAGGGAUAUCUCAAGAUCAGCCUUUGUCUUUGGGAUUGGAACAUUUGUUAUAACCUCAUCUUCAUAUGCACGGGAUAUAAAUGUGAGCUUUAUUUCAGUAAUGUCCUAUCUGGGACUUGUCUACCUUGCUGUUAUCUUCCUUUACAGAUCCUUAAUUUGCAGGGGAAUCAUAGAUAUAGAUGACAAAAAUUAUGUACUAGGAGAAGAAGAAGCAAGUUGGGUACUAAAACUGAUUCUCCCUUACUUGAAUGAGUUACUUUCUAAACUCAGAGCCCUCUUUUCUGGAGAUCCUGGCACCACAAUGAAGUUGGCAGUUUUGCUCUUUGUUUUAGCCAGAUGUGGUAAUUCCAUAACCAUUUGGAAAAUGGCCAAAUUCGGUUUCUUUGGAGUAUUUACGGUUCCAAAAGUCUGUUCUUCCUAUUCUGCACACUUAACUGCAUAUGGAAACUUUUGGGUUCGAAGAUUCAGAGACGCUUGGGAUUCAUGCUCACACAAGAAAGCAGUGGCUCUUGGCAUCUUCAGCCUUGUAUGGAACAUGUCAUCAGUUGUUGCUCGUGUUUGGGCAGUGUUUGUGCUGUUUGUGGCGUUUAAAUAUUAUCAGCAACAUUAUAUGGUGAGGGAUGAAUAUGUGGAAGAAGAAGAGGAAGAAGACGAAGCAGAAGGAGAUGAGGGGGACACGUGGCAGGCGGCAGGUGGAGCGAAGAAUCAAGGGGGUGCCCACAUUCCGUCGGAAUCAAUUAAACUUAAGAAAGGGUUCUAAAUAUUCGGGUCCAUGCGGUGUGCUCUUUUUUGCUUUUUCUAAUAUAGUAUUGUUCUCAUAUAGUUAUUUAUUAUUUUACCAUAUUAAAAAAUAUAUAGUUUUACUACCGUUGUAAAUUUUUUAUUAGCUAGUGAUGAAAAAGGAAAUCCCAGCUGAUAAAUAAAUAGUUAUGCGUUCUUCGUUGUUAUAUGAUGCUUUAUUUUUAUGUUCGGUUGACUCCAUCAUCAUGUGUGUAUAUAUACAACUUUGGCUUUUUAAUGUAAGAGUUUAUUUGAUUUUUA